CUCCACAUCUAUCCGAACCAAAAAUUCCCUCCUUCCCUCGUUUUCUGCUCUCCCUAAUCAAACCCCCACUUUCUCUUCCAAACCCUUGCUUUCUCUCUCUAAAACAAACCCUCCAUUUCCACAGAUCCCUCACUUUCUCUCUCUAAAACCCCCAAACCUCAUUUCGUUCUUCUAUAAUCUUCUAAACCCUAAACUCAAUUCAGUUAUUUCAAUUGCAAAAGUUUAUCUUUUUAAUUUGGUAUAUAUAUUUUUGGUACAACAUGUCUGAAGCUCGAGCUGCAAACCGCCAGGCGGCGCAACCACCAUCGCAAGCAUCGAUUGCCGGUGGAGGAGGAGGAGGAGGACAGAUCCUUCAUCCAAUGAGACGUCACUUACCUUUCUCCUCGACUAGACCGCCGUUUAUUCCUUCCGAUGACUACCACCGUUUCUCGUCCCCAAAUAAUGGUAAUAGAGUCGCCACCACCGCCGAUCAGGAAACUGAAGUCCUUAUAGUUAAAUCUCCGCCAGUGAAACGGAAGCUUGGAACAGACUACAAUGGAGUUCCAUCUAAUGAGUGGACAAAUCUUGGCUAUGCUGCUACAACCAACAGUCCCCUUCACACUCCUGUAUCUGCAAAAGGCACAAGGAUAAAUGCUCGUUCAAAGGUCACAAAGAACACCAAAUCUGCCCCUCAAACCCCUGUUUCAAAUACUGGUUCACCAGCUCCACUUACUCCUGUUGGAAGCUGCAGAUAUGAUAGCUCACUUGGCCUUUUGACAAAAAAGUUCAUCAACCUCAUCAAGCAUGCUGAAGAUGGCAUUCUUGAUUUGAAUAAUGCUGCUGAUACAUUGGAGGUUCAGAAGAGGCGUAUAUAUGAUAUAACAAAUGUUCUUGAAGGAAUUGGUUUAAUUGAAAAGAAGCUCAAAAAUAGAAUCCGGUGGAAAGGCCUUGACUCUUCAAAACCUGGUGAAUUAGAGGAUGAUGUUGCUCUGUUACAGGCAGAAGUUCAAAAGCUUUCAAUGGAAGAACAUAAAUUAGAUGAAAGCAUUAGGGAAAUGCAAGAAAGAAUGAGUGACUUGAGUGAAGAUAACACUAACCAAAAAUGGCUCUUUGUUACAGAAGAUGACAUAAAAGGCCUUCCAUGCUUCCAGAAUGAAACCUUGAUAGCAAUUAAGGCUCCACAUGGGACCACUCUUGAAGUUCCUGAUCCAGAUGAGGCUGUGGAUUACCCACAAAGAAGAUACAGAAUAAUCCUGAGAAGCACAAUGGGCCCCAUUGAUGUAUAUCUUGUCAGUCAAUUUGAAGAGAAAUUUGAAGAUAUUGAACAAGCAGGGGCCCCACUUGCUUCAAAUUCUGGAUCAGAUGAUAAUCCAACAACAGAAAUGACAAUCGAUCCACACCCACAAAAUGUUCAUGGCAAUACCAUGAAUAUCAACACUGAUAAUAAUAAUAAUAAUAAUAGUAAUAAUAAUAAUCAUAAUAAUAAUAAUAAUAAUAACAUGUCUCAAGAUUCUCCUGGGAGGAUUAUGAGAAUUCUUCCUUCAGAUGUUGAUAAUGAUGCGGACUACUGGCUUUUAUCAGACAGAGAAGUUCCCCUUACAGAUAUCUGGAACACCGAGUUAGGUGGAAUCGAAUGGGAUGGUGUUGACUUGCUUAGUGAAGAAUUUGGGUUGACCGAAGUGGGGACGCCAAGGGCAAGCACACCGCCAGAUGGACAUGCUGAUGUGGCGUUUAAUACGAGUCUUGGGUGAGUUACUUUUUUAAGGUCAACAAAAGUCAACGAGACUGCAAGAGUGUUGUUUUUAUAUGAUGGGAUACGGAGAGAAGGGUGUGUUGUAGUUGUACAGUAGAAUGAAAUUCCAUUUGAGGUGGAGUGGAGGGAAUAAGACUUUGAUUAUGUUUGUUCUUGAGGUCUAAGGGGUGACCUUAAAUUAAUUUAUACCAAAAAAAUAUGUUUCUAGUUUAAUUUGAAGUACGUGGUAGACGUGUAAUUUAGUGUUUUAUUUGACAUUGGUAAUCAUUUAUGGUCAAUUGGUUUUUUCACAA